AUGUUUUUACCUCGUCUCGUUCGGUACAGGACCGAGAGGUUUAUAAUGAUGCCUACCAGGACAUUCCGACGAAUCAGCCAUAACAGCAGGGAUCCGAUUCGUAAACAGGUCCUGACACUUAUCAGCACCAAUGCAACUUUAACUGAUGACGACAAGCUGAAGAUACGGCAAUAUUGGUCUGAUAUGGCUGACUAUAAGAAGCUUCGAAAUCAAAGAAAUAGCGUCUUGGAAAACUCUAUACUGCAUGAGAUUAAAACUGAGGAAUUUGUCAAGUUCAUUAUCCAAACUAAGAACUCAUCUACUACAAGAGGACUGUAUAGAAGAGAAUGUCUAUAUCAAUGCAAGGAGAACAUGGACCUGGUUAAUCAAGUCGUCUCUCAAGUCUCAUCGGCAAGAAAACAAGGACCCUUAACUACGCAAUUGGAUACUAUGCGCUGGUGUAUUGAUGACGCCAUUAGCACGGGAGACAUAGUCAUGGCCGCAGAUCUCUUCCUGCUGUACUACCGCUUAUUUAUAGAUGACAAAAAACUAGAUGAGCAAUACGCGAGGAAAAUCGUAUCAGCGUUGGCGUAUCCGAACCCAUUGCAUGAUCAUGUUCAUUUAGUCAAAUAUUUACAAUUGAACUCUCUAUCCGAAAGGAUAACUGGGAACGGUAUCAAAUUGACCAGAUUUCAAUUGGAAACUCUUUCCGAUAAGGCACUUGGCUUGAGCAAUGAAGCUCCGCAGCUAUGCAAGGCCAUACUGAGCAAGCUGAUGAACGUAAACUAUUUUUCAAGUAAGGAGCUAAAGCUUAGAGAUGAUCAAGUGCUACUUGCGUACAAGUCUAUUGAUGAAAAUUAUAAAAGGGGAAAUGUGGCGAGUGUAUAUCUUAUCUGGAACAAAAUUAAAGAGCACUAUGUUUCCGUUUCUGCACAUGACUCCAGAAUUAUUUAUAAAGUCUUCAAGAUUUGUACCCAUAAUAGAGCCUAUAGAUCUAUAUGUAACGAAAUGUUUUGGAAAUUGACACCGGAGUAUUAUUGUAAUAAUCCAUUGAUGCUACCUGCAAUCAUUGACUUCAUCACCAAGCAAGACUCUUUGACAACCGCCAAGGAACUCAUGCAAAACAUUAAUAAGUAUACCUUGCCCGAAAACCAUCAUAUUGUUUGGUUGAACAAGAGAUGUCUCUCUUCAUUGCUAAGGAUGCAUCUGAAAUUCAACGAUUCCAAUGGUGUGGACAAGGUUUUGAAGCAAAUAACAACGAACUUCAGAACACUUUCACAAGAAAAUUAUCAAGCGAUAAUUAUUCACCUCUUCAAAACACAAAAACUCGACCAUAUCGCCAAGGCAAUCAAACUGCUCGAUAUCAUACCACCAAAACAAGCGAUGUUGGCCUAUGCAUCAAUUAUCAACGAACUGGUUGAUUGGAAGCUGGCUUCAAAGGUCAAAUUCACUGAAAAUUUGAUGGAUCUUAUAAAUGAACUACUCAUGAAAGCACAUGAUUUUGACCCUGAUCAUAACUGUUCUCUUUGGAAUGUUGUUACCGCUUUAUAUAUCAAGAAACUUUGUCAUUAUAAAAAGCAGAAUAAUAAGUUUGUUGCUAGCCAAGAAGAGAAUAUUGAUUUGGCAAAACUGCUAUACAUAAAUGCCUCAAAAAGAGGCAAAACAUGUUGGACAAAAUCGAACAGUAAUCCAUUUAUUGUUUCUUCCCCGAGCGAUAUCAAAUUAAAAAUAAACAAUCAAAACAGGUUUGUCAUUCUGAGGAAUAUCGCAUUGAGCGCCCUUCAGAUAGAAAGAAUAGAUAUUUUCCUUUGGGCAUGCGCGGAACUCUAUCAGAACGGUAUGACAAUUGAUGAAUUGAAAUUGGACUGGAACUUCAUCUUAAAACAUCAACUUAGAAAUUCAGAAUUUAAAACAAGUAUAGAAAUCAUACAAGAUAUUAAAAAGCAUGGCGUCUCGGCCAUUAAACGUUACUUAAGAUAA